AGUCCCACCGCUCGAUCUUCCUUCCCCGCAUUGCCCAUCUCCUCUGAUAGACCUCUGCUUCAAGUCAUUCUCUUCACAUUCGACAUCUCUGGUCCAAUGGGAAGACAAAUCUCAAACACCCACAUGAGAUAAGUCUUCGAAUAAUGCAAAGUAAGCUCCUUUGAUUUCUCUGUGUCCGCGUUCGAGAACAGACAAUGGGUCUCGGCAUCUCCGUCUUGAUAGCAUUGAAAGCUUCAUUUUGGUUCAUCAUCUUCACACUCCUCAGAAUCCUUGGAUUGCCGAAACUGUCACUGGCCUUCUUGUAUUCCUCCUUGGUCUCCUUCCUCGUCUCAGUAGCUUCCCACCCAUGGAUCAACCUCCCCUUGUUUCUGGGCAAGAGGCCCGAUGGGUCCUUCCCCAUUUGGUCACUCGUCAUAUUCGGCCCUUAUCUCUUGUUCGUCAGGGUCUUCUCUAAAUUAAGGAGGCUUCUCAGUGGAGAGGAACCUUACAGUGAGGUCUGCGAGGGCGUGUACGUCGGAGGCUGGCCUUCUUCGCGCAAGAAGAUGCCGCCCGGGGACCCCGCGAUCGUCGAUUGCACCUGCGAGUUCCCGAGGCGGUCCGAGUUUGCUGGGCAGCCGUACCUCUGUGUCCCAACUUGGGACACCCGGUCCCCCCAGCCCCAGGAGAUUGAGUCCGCGGUGAAGUGGGCGUUGCGCAAGAGAGCGCAGAAUAAGCCGGUGUUCAUCCACUGUGCCUAUGAAGUUUCAACUGUCAAUGAGUGACGCCAUGGUUAAAUACCGACCCUUCUCUGCCCAUGUGGAUUUGGUCAUGGAAGAAGUGUUGCGGUAACCUGUGCAUUACUGGUAGCUCUGGGGGUUUCAGAAGACUGGAAGAAUGCAGAGAAGGUUAUUAAAAAGAGUCGGCCUUAUAUUCGAAUGAAUGCUCUCCACCGCCAAGCCCUAGGGGAAUGGUCGAAACACAGGCUAUCUACUUCUACAAAAAACGGUGGAACCGACAGAGUUCGGUGAUAUGGUACGAUCUUCCCAAUCAAUUGUAAUGGUAUAGAUAUUGAUCGAUACGAUUACGGAGGUCGUGCUAAACCUUAAUGUCUUAUCGAUGCUUCUUCUAAAAGAUUUUGAUGGACAGUUUUAUUGGAAACUCUGAACUCUUAAUACUGCUUGGAAUGUAUUAUCAGAGUCACUGCACUGUUCUGUAACUAAUUUAAACAUUGUACUUUUAGUGAAGCCGGUUUUCCGUUCUGAUUCU